AUGGAUCUCAACCAGUCUUUAUACAGAACCUUCAUGCCCAAGAUUAUUCAUUACUCCAAUGAUGGAUCUGGCCGAGACAACUAUAUCUCCACAAUAAACGGCGGAUUAAGAAAACUCUCUGUCAAGCCUGAUAUAUUAGAAAGAAAAGGAAUCAUCCUCCAACGAAAACACAAUCGAAGAAGCUCGGCUAGUCCUCUUGCUACUAGUUUCCGCUAUUAUUCAGAUGGAUCAGGAAGAGAUUUCUAUAUAACCCAAAACAGUGGAGGAUUGCAGAAUGGGUAUAUACCAGGAGGAAAAAAAGAUAUAUUUAAAGCGUCAUUAAGAAUGAGCCCUGAAAGAAGUGGCUGCAGUGAUGCUUUUAGCAGCACUAUGCAGGGAUGGCUUAGCAUAAGAUCAAGAAACAUAGUAAAAAAUAUUCGACAAACUGCUGAUGGUGUGACUGAAAGAUUGUAUCCAAAAGGAAGCCAAUCUAAGCCUGGCAGUCCAAGAGCUGAGAGGUGUAGACUUUCUAUUUAA